GGAUUGGCGGGCGGUUCUCUCAGCCUCCGCCGGUGAAGGUGAAGGUCUCCUCCGGGUAACGCUUUGCGCUUUGGGGAGUUGCUGUUGCCGCUGCUGCUUGGGGCCCCUCCGCCAUGGCUCCCGGAGCAGGAUCCGUCUUUGCUGCCGUUCCGCAGACCGCCCCAGUGGCGGUUUUCCAGCUCACGGAAGAUUUCCGCGCCGACGAGGAUUCUCGCAAGGUCAAUCUUGGAGUGGGAGCUUAUCGCACAAAUGAAGGACAGCCAUGGGUAUUACCAGUUGUCCGGAAAGUGGAAAUGAUGAUUGCCAAGAACACCAAUUUGAAUCAUGAAUAUCUGCCUAUUCUGGGGUUGCCAGAUUUCCGUGCAAAUUCCUCACGAAUUGCACUAGGAGAGGAUAGCCCAGCCAUCAAAGAGAACAGGGUGGGAGGUGUCCAGUCCUUGGGGGGCACUGGAGCUCUUCGUAUUGGAGCAGAGUUUUUGAGACGGUGGUAUAAUGGAACCAACAACACAGCUACCCCUAUCUAUAUUUCUGAUCCUUCCUGGGAAAACCAUAAAUCUGUCUUUACGGAUGCUGGCUUCAAGGACAUCCGGAGCUAUCACUAUUGGGAUGCUGCAAAUAGGGGUCUGGACAUUCAAGGAUUCCUUACUGAUUUGGAGAAAGCUCCAGAGUUCUCCAUCUUCAUCCUCCAUGCUUGCGCUCAUAAUCCCACAGGCACAGACCCCACUCAGGAGCAGUGGAAACAAAUUGCUGCUGUUAUGAAGCGCCGGUUCCUGUUCCCGUUCUUCGACUCUGCCUACCAAGGCUUUGCCUCGGGUUGCCUGGAUAGAGAUGCCUGGGCUGUACGUUACUUUGUAUCAGAGGGCUUUGAACUCUUCUGUGCCCAGUCCUUCUCAAAAAAUUUUGGCUUGUACAAUGAGCGAGUGGGAAAUCUGACUGUUGUGGCAAAGGAUGCAGAUAACGUGAAGCGAGUCCUGUCGCAGAUGGAAAAGAUUGUCCGUACUACUUGGUCUAACCCACCAUCUCAAGGAGCACGAAUUGUGGCUACAACACUCACCACACCAGAGCUUUUUGCUGAGUGGAAGGAGAAUGUGAAGACAAUGGCAGAUCGGGUCUUGAAGAUGCGGGCAGAACUCCAGUCUCGGCUUGAGGCUCUGGGCACACCAGGCACUUGGCAUCACAUUACACAGCAGAUUGGCAUGUUUAGCUUUACUGGCCUCAACAUUAAGCAAGUACAGUACCUGAUCAAGGAGAAACACAUCUACCUGAUGGCCAGUGGCCGUAUCAACAUGUGUGGUUUGACCACCAAGAACUUGGAUUAUGUAGCUAAUUCCAUCUAUGAAGCAGUCACCAAAAUCCAGGAAAUCUGAAAUUAGGCAUUGCAUAUGUGUCACUUCGAGUAUUUUAACUGUUUUUAAGCCACAAACCAUCACUGUCGAGGGAAUUUAUGCACAAGAAUGGCCAGAGAACAGGUGCGCAAAGAGGAAUUGCUUAACUUUUUCUCCUGUUGCCAUUUUUAUGCUUAAAAUCCUUCCUCCUCCUCCCAUGCUUUUUCUGCAUGAGAAGGAGAGAAAAUACGUUAUCUUUCCCUAUAUAUGGAAAAUUACCUGGAGGGAAUGGAUAAUUGAAUUGUAUGUACACAAAAGAGUUAAAUAAUCCUCUGUAUCAUUUUGUCUCCUGCUAACUUUACCAGAUUCCAAAUCAGCCUUUGGAUCUGGGAGAUUAAAAACAAAAAGCUAGAACUUAACUUAGCUAGAACUAUUGCAUGCAAUAGUUGACUUGACCCUUAUUAGCCUGAAUAACUGGCUCCAUCUUACCAAAUAUAGUCUCACUGAGUUUAUGUCUGUCAUCUUUGUUGCUCAGGAGAGAUUGGGAACAGCAAUUCUGUCACAAAAGUGUCUUCUUGCCUCUUGAUAUGUGUCUGUGUAUGCAUGUAUCAGUGGGACUGAGACUAAAACCUUUGUUCCUUCUGUAUGUGAGCUGUCAAUAUGCACAACUAGUAUUAAUAGCAGCUGCUUCUAGAAUAGAAGCAUAACAGCCAUUUCCUGCUGCCUUGUGUGUGUUCAUUCUGCACUUUAUGUAACUGACCCCAUCUGGCCUGAGCCUGCUAAAGCAAAAGGACAGUGCCUGGGGGCAGAUACCAAAAUAGUUGGUCUAGCAGUUAUAGGCUGCAUGGGGUUUUUCAGGAAGCAAGACUAUGAUUACUGGUGGCUUUCAGUCUUGCAUGAAUUAAGACUGUAACCAUAAUAAUUGUACCUUUUCUGUCAAUGCAGAAUAAAUAAAUAAAAUAUCUCUUCAUGCAGCUCCCA